UUCUGCAUUCGCUCAGCCUCUUCGAAUAAAAUAUACACAGAGAAAGAUCUUUUAACGACAGGCCCCUUCGCCCCACAGCUCGUCCCAUUUUCGUCGCAUUUUUCUUAAAACCUUUCGAAACCGAAACCAUGGGAGGCUGUGCGAGCAAACCUAAGGAGUCUGACAUCGUCACUGAAUCCGCCCCUGCUGAUCCUCCUGUUGAGGCCAAAAACGUUGAGACCGAGGCCGUUCCCGAGGAGAAGGGAGAGGAAGCUGUUGCUGAGAAGAAAGAGGAUGAAGCUGAGGCCAAGGAAGAGGAAGCAGCCAAGCCUGAAGAAGUGAACGUGGAAUCCACUGAGCCACCCAAAGACGAUGCACCUCUCGUCACUCUCUGAUUCUCAUUUCUUUCUAAACAUUUCUUGUAUGUGUAUGCCCAUCGUGUCGUAUCGCCAUUUAUAAAGUAUGUGAUUUUUAUGAUUAAAACAA